GUCCGAGGCGACAGAAAAGAAGAGGGACGGCGCGCGAAGAAAGGACGCGGGGUGGCCUGUGCGAUGACAUCAUCCCUCAUUUGCAUAAAUCUCAGCCUGAGCGCUGAUUGGUCGCGGGCCGGAGAGACCGAAGCCGCUCGCGCUUUUCAUCCUUUUCAACGCUCCCUCUCGCGACCGCAUAGUGUGUGCGCGUGCGUGCGUGCGCGGAUCGCCGAGCGCCGUUUCAUUCUCUGCUGCCAGGAGACGCACAUCUCUUUUAUCGCCGGUAGACAGUCAGUCAGCCCCGAACCGCCUCCGCUGCUGGUUUUUCCCUCAACGUUUUAGCUGCCGGUUUUUUCCUCGACUCGCAGAGCUUCUCGCCGGGUUCCGCUUGGAAGCAACAACAACAACAAAAAAAAAAACGGGAGGAGACGCGAGUACCGACUGGGCGUUGCUGGAGGAAAAGCGCUAUAGACUCGGUCUGCCAUAACCGUCUGAUAGCAGUAGACUCCAACUAGUAGACUGAGUCCUGGGUUCCCGAUUCCUCUUCUGUUGAGACGGACCUCCAGGACUAGGACAAGAUGAAACCGGAUGGUGUUGACACGGCAGCAGUGGAGCCAAUGGAAGCAUUAAACGCAGGUCCUGCGGUCGAGGUGGCACCAGUGGGUGAAGCUCAGGACCAGGCUUUGCCUGCAACGCAAACAGAGGCAACCAACAAGACCGGAAAAGACAAGCCUGUGGAUCCCAAAGCUAAGACGAAGGCUCCCGCCAAAACAAAGACAACCACCACUGGAACCAAGGCAUCUACGACCAGCUCCCGUCCAACCACUGGCCAAAGCCGCCUGACAAACGGGGCACAGAAGUCGCAAGCUAAUGGCGUCACCAAAAAGACCACCACAGCUGGCCUGGAGAAGAAAACCUUGACCACUGCUGCCCCUAAAAAAACAACAGCUUCUGCACCCACAACCAAGACCCCAACCAAGGUGGCUGAGAAAAAGCCGGUGGGGACGACAAGACCUACCAGUGCUCCAGCCAAUGGUGUGAAAACAACAGGGGCAGCACAGGCCAUCAAGAAAGCCCCAGCUGCACCAGCCAAUGGUCUGAAGUCUAAACCAAAAACUACAGCUCCAGCUACAAGACCCGCUACGGCACCCACCACCAAGACCAGCACCACUGGCUCUCCCAAACCUGAUAAGACACCUGUCGCCAAGACAACCAGGUCUGCUGGCCCUGCUCCUGCUGCUCGUUCUUCUCCUGCUGCCCACAAACCUGGGACACCAGUAUCUGCCAGCAAGACAUCUACAGCUGCAUCCAGGCCAACUACUGCUACACCCAAGACACCAUCUACUACUGCUAAACCUUCUCCUGCUAAAACCACAGCGCCCUCUGCUGCCCGCACUCCCACUCCUAAAACCACAACACCUGUCAAGAAAGAUGUCAGUAAGCAGUCAUCUACUCCAGCGGCUAAGAAGCCCACUUCUUCUCCGCUUACCCGGCCAGCACCAACAAAGACCACAAAGUCUGACACCCCUAAGCCAGCCUCCACUGUCAAGGCAGAAUCAGCCUCAAAAAAAUCCACUACCCCCAGCAAGGUGGCAGAUGUUAAGACUGGUAAACCCAAGGAGAGCAAAGCAGCAUCUUCCAAGGAGGUUAGCGCAAGCCCCAAGACCACAGGCAACAAGUCCACCACUAAGACAAGCAGCCCAAAGAAGGCAGUUGGCAGUAGCACUCCAAUGCCACUGAAGGGUGGCCCAAAAGCCUCCCGGCCUGCAGAUGCAGCAGCCAAGGAGGCUGAGAAAAAGGAUGUGGUACCUGCUGUGGUUGCAGCCACUACUGCAGCCGUUGCUGUUGUUUCUGUUUUGACCUCUGAGGCAACACCUGAAGACUCAGCUAUAGCUUGUGUUUCUGCAGCCACCGAAGAUGCAUCUGAGGACCAGUUCAUCCAGGCCAAUCCCGCUGCCUCUGAGGUGAAAUUAGAAGACUCAUUUACAACUCUAAUUCCUGCUUCCUCUGAGGACUUUAAAGAGAAUUCUAAAGAAAUGGACACAAAUGUCGCCACCACUAUUGAAGCACCUGAAUACACAGUUACACCUGUAAUUCCUCAUGAGGAAACCCCUGAAGACUCUGUUACACCUUUCAGUCCUGAAGAAACACCUGAGGACCCAAUUAUGUCUGUCAUUCCCCCAACCUCUGAUGAGGUACAAGAGGUACAAACUCUGUCACCUGUAAUUUCUUCUGAAGAAACACCUGAAGAAGUAACUACACCCGUCAUUCUUCCUACCUCUUAUGAGGCACGAGAGGAAACUGUUUCACCUGUCAUUCCUUAUGAAGAAAUACCCGAAGACGUAACUACAUCUGCCAUUCGUCCUACCUUUUAUGAGGCACGAGAAGAAACAGUUUCACCUGUCAUUUCUGCUGCUUUUGAAGAAACACAUGAAGACUUAACUACGUCUUUCAAUGUUCCUACCACGUAUGAGGCACGAGAAGAAACUAUUUCACCUGUAAUUUCUGCUGCUUCUGAAGAAACACCAGAAGAUGUAACUACAGCUGUCAUCCCCCCUACCUCUUACGAGGCACCUGAAGAGUCCUUUUCACCUGUCAUUCCUCCUGCCUUUGCUGAAGCACCUGAAGAAACAACUGCACCUUUCAUCCCCCCUACCUCUUAUAGGGCACCUGAAGAAAAAGCUUCCCCAGUCACUUCUCAAGCCUUUGAAGAGGAACCUGAAGAUACCAUUACACCUGUUAUUUCUCCUACUACUGAUGAGGUGGAACCUAUAUAUGCCCAGGACACCCCCCAAAUCAUGGACACUUAUAAAGAUGACAAUGCCAUGUCUCAGCUGGUUGCUGAAAUAGAAUCAGUCAGUUUAGAGGAUCCAGUGCCUGUUGUGUCUCCUCUGGGAACCACAGUACUGUCCCCACCAUCCUCUCCCACCGGUCCACCAUCCAUGCCAGUUGAGCUCCCAAGCUCAGCUCCCUUCCUGGGCUUGCAGGGUCCAGCUGAAUCAUGGGUACAGAGCUCUUCACAGUACCCCAGUUCUGCGACCAUAGAGAAUGAGGAGCAGUAUGAGGAAAGACAGUGUGAUGAAGAAAGCGAGGAGGAGGAUGAAAAAGAUCAGGAUGACACACAGAUGCCCUCUGCAGCUGAGAAUGUAAUUGAAGACUUUGAUCUGAUGAGCUCCAGUGGUGGGGAUCACAUCAAAAAUGCAAUUCCUGUCUCCCCCUUGCAAGAUCGAGAAGAGGCGGUAGAGAAAGCUGAAGAAGAGAUUAAUGAAGACAAUGAUGAUGAGGAAGAGGAGGAGGAAGAGAAAGAGGAGGAGGAGGAAGAGGAGGAGGAGGAACAGGUAAAAGAGUUUGGCAUAAAGGAAUCAGAGCCCCAGACAGAGAAAGAAGUUGACCUUAAAAAGGGGGUGCUGGAUUUCGCUAGCUCUGAUUGGGGUAUGAUGCAAUCAGAUGACAUGUACAGCAGUGACAAACAUGACUCAGAAGUAACAUCUCCCUUUAAUGCUGAAGACAGCUGCAGUGCUAAUGAGACAGGUGAUUUCAUCAUGACCGAGGCAGACAGGGAACAGCCAUUCACAGGGCCUCCUGGAAUCCAGUCAUUUGGUAGUGAAGAUGAAGAAGAGGAUGAAGAGGAAGAACAACUGAAGAAAGAAAUGGAUCUAGCAUUAGAGCAUGAUGAUGAACACCACAAACAACAGAAAGAAUUGGAGGAGGAAGAUGAAGAUAUAGAGAUGGUCCACAGGGGCAUGGAUGAUAGUGCACUUGGGGUUAGUAAAAAUGAUGGUAAUGAAGAUGAAGAUGAUGAGGAUUACAGAGAGGAGAGUCAUCUAGACCUCAACAGCAUUGGUCACACUGUUUCAGCAACAUCUAUGCCUCUGACAGCAGCAUGGAGUAAUUCCAAUCCAUUUUCUGAUCCCUGGGCCCAGCCUCCUUCCGUCCUGUCUGAAUCGAACCUGUCAGCUUCAAGACUUCAAGAUCCAGACACACUCACCAAAUUCCCAGCCGAUCCAGACACAACCACCGCAUUCUCAGCUGAACCAGAGACACCCCCUAGAUCCCCGGCUGAGGCUUUUCUGGACAUGAGUCCACCCCUGAUUCAGGCCUCAAAACCCCAGCCUGACCUCCAAGAAGAGACCGGGAGCUCAGUCCAAGUAGAGUCGGGUAUCUUGGCUCCUCCUGCCAUUGGAAUGUCCCAGUCCAGCACCCUCAGUGGAACAGCCCUGGCUGCCCACAGCAGCAGUGAGACCAGCACACCUGAAGAACUUCGAGAUUAUGACAGCAGCUCAGGUGUAGAAUCCCGAUCAGACAAGCAGCAGACGCCAGUCCCUGCCAUGCAAGCAGACAUAGAGCAGGACUUAGGUAUUCAUCUUGAGCGAGGUGAUGGGGAGGAGGAAGAGGCCGAAACGUUGCCGGCGGAUGAAGUACUGGGUGAGGCCGCAACAGCACCAGCCUCCGUACCAUCAUCACCAUCAACCUCUGGUGAUGAGGCCAGUGAUACAGAGGGUGAGAUGCAAAUCAAUGAUCCUGAUGUUGCGGUUGAUGACAACGCCACAGAUCCUCACAACCUUGCUGCCCUGGAGGAAGAUGAGGAGGCUCCUGAACACAUUGGAGAAGAAGACGGUGACACGCCUCAGUCAGCCAACUCUGUGGCUUCCUACGGUUUUGACUGUUCCGCAUCCAUCUCCAAUGCCCACUCUAUGGCUGAGAGCUGUGGAAAGAGUCCAGGCAUCUUUAGCCUGGAGAAUGAAGAGCAGCUUCCGGAAGAGGCUAAGGAUCCCUCUUUCAUCAAGGAGCUCACCCUGCCAGCAGCCACCGCCUACAGUGAUGACUUGUUGGGCUGCCCAGUGGAUUUGCUGCCUAUCAGCGAGCCCACAGAGAGAGAUGCUGGGUUUGACGAGCACUACAUGCUGUGCAGUAAGACAGACCCAGGCGCCAUGGAGGAAAUGGAUCCUGAGUCCCCCAUGCACCUCUCACCCCAACACGGGGACGAUUCUGAUGGCCAGCCACCAUACUACUCUGCUAUAUGUGAUAAGACUGAUAACUUUCUGGCAGGGAAAUCCGGGAACACUAUACAGACUGGUGAGCACCAGCUUUCACUGGAGAAUGGUAACUAUCCGAGGCUAACCCAAGAGCUGAAUGACAAUAACUACCUUGCUCCCCUGCCGAACACCCACAGGCAGCUACAGCAGCCACUUCCUCGCAUCAGCGUUCAACACGUGGAUGUUCCUCCGAGGGUCCCCCCGACUUCACUGAUGCCCAAUGUGCAGCUGCGACGGCUAGAGCAUCACCAGUUGCAGCUGCGGCACAUCCGGCAACGGCAGGAGCAGGAGCGGCUGCAACGACUCUGUCUGGAGGAAGAAAGGCAGCGGCAGGAGCAGCAGAGGGCACUGGAGAGGCAACGCCGAGAGCUGCUUCAGUUGCAGCUUCAGCAGCAGCAGCAGGAACACCGCCUCCGCCGACAGCUCCUGCAGCGGCAGCUUGAGAUGGAGCAGCAACAGAGGCUCAGACAGCAGGUGAAAGGGCCCUCAUCCGGGCUCUGCACCAUCUAUGAGGCCAUGGAGACAAGUGAGGAGGAAGAGGAGGAUGCAGAGAACCAAUCCACCGGCCACCGAGGUUCCCCAAAGCAAAUGGGCCAUUCCAUCCCGACCAACGGAAACCUUCGGCGACCGCCUCCGCAGGAGCUGGACUGGAACACAAAACUGGACAUGGUCCAGCAGCUGAUUAACCAGGCUCUGCUUCUGACCGGGGAGGAUGGCUGUCAACCGCUCCUGUACCUACCUGGGCAAGGAGGGGGCAUCCUCAGCCCUCUGGAGAGCAGCCUGUGGCCGCACAUCAUGUCCCACUUCGACUGCACCGCCGCAAACGUGGCCUCGGUCAGCAGUUACUCCCCGAACAGCCAGGACAGUUCUCCACAGGGCGACUGGACUGUGGUGGAGCUGGAGACCCAUCACUGAGUCUCAGAGCACCAUUAAACCCAGCAUGUGCACUAAUAAUACAAUAUCAAUCCCAAACCAUCCCAAACUAUUCUUGAAACACUGAAGUGCGUCCCAUAAGUCUUCUAAUCGAGCUUCAUGUGUACUCAUCCACUCAGAAUGCAGUCAUUCAUUAUGCAAACACCUUCCUGAAGAUGUUCGGGUUUCUUUGUAGUGUAAACUCUCCCUCAAACAUAUUUAAACAUUUAAAUCUACAAAUAUUUAUGGAUUAAUAGUAUUUUAUUAUUUCUGACAACUCAAGUCAACAAGAAAACUAUAUGUACUUGUUUUUGGUCAUACUGUAAAAGAUUUGUGAGAGAAAAUCUUCCAUCAAAAUUCAAGAAUCUGCUUUACAUUUAAAGCAAAUUUUUAAGGUAAUUAGUUUACAAACAGCCGACCAGCUAAUUUUAGGUCAGUGUUCUUCCUAAUCGUAUCUAAGCCAUCCAUUAUAAGUCUUGCAGUUUUUUAUAAGGUUCUGAUAAGUUGAUCCAAGUGUGCUUCAUUAGUUUUCGAAAUGUUUAGUAUUGGAGAACCUUAGAGGACAGGUUUGAAAAUGAUUUCGAGCAACUAUUGUAAGUAAUAUUGCCUUUCAUAACGGUCAUUUAUUUUGAAUCUGUAUAUGGACACUUCUCACUUCUUAAUCUUAUCUAUUAUGUUGAUUUUAGCUAUUGAUGGAAGGCCGAACAGGUUCACCUCAAAGUUCUUAUUGCCAAGCAGCUAUCUUUGGUUCUCGAUAAACUAUAUAUAAGUACAGAUGCCAAAUGGUCAUAUUUAGACUUAUUUUAUCAGGUUAAUUGAGACAUUUACAUAGAUAUAUAUCAUCUUUUCUGUUGGGUUAAGGCUAAUGUUUUGUUGUUGUCUAAGGACUGUUGACCUCAUGCAUGGCUUCAGACAGAGCUGCUCUGUUUGCCAUUCUCUUUCAGCUGUGGGGGAAACUCUUCUCUCCCGACAUUCCUGAACCAUUACCUCAUUUCCUGGGUCCUUCUUGUUUCAAUGGGUUUCCUGGGUUACUGAUGAUGUCAUGGCAACUAGAAAAAAGGAGGUGUCUAAAAGACACAUGAGGGGGAAAAGGAUGGAGAGAGAAAACGUUCUAAAGACUGAAAGCUUUAGUAAAUGAGCCGUUUGUCAAUGCCAUCAAUCUGAUUUUCCUGAAAUGCUGUGGAGGGUGUAUUUUUAUACAGAGUUAGAUAUAUAGCGUCUGAUGGAGUGUGUGUCUGCUGACAAGAAUUACUAUAAGUAUUAAAAUAAUUAAUAUCUGUGUUAUAUUUUCUACAGCAUUUUCUGUUUUUCCAUCUUUUUAUUAUUUUUGGUUAAUGUGUACUGUAUUCGCUUUAAAAAACAAAACAAAAUAUUUUGCUUAUUGACUAGACUGUUGCAGUAGCGCCAUCUACAGAUGAUGUGUCAUGAAAAAAAUAAUGAAAUGCUUUCUAAAGGCAAACCAAUGUGUUCAACCUUUAUACUAUAUAUUUUACAUGAUGUUAUAUUAAGGAAUAUAUUAUUCAGCCACCAGUUAUAAAUGUCCUUUCUGGGGUAAACUAUUUAUUUUUCCUUUCCUUAAUACUCAUUUCCUUACUUAUUAUGAUUUUAUUAAUUUGUAUUGAUUUAUUGGAAGAUGCACACAAUUACCGGGGACAGCUGUGCCAUGUUGUAUUGGUGUGGUAAACAGUGAUUAUAGGAAAUGGUUGUAGUUUCCUUUUUUCUCUAUUAAAAUCAUAAGUGCAGCGAUGAUAGA